GAUUGCUGAAUCCAUUGACAGAGAGGAGAGGACAUCCGUCGUCAAGAAGAAUUACUUCACAAUGGAGUCACUGCCGGCCACCAGGAGGGUACCCGGUCCCUCCGACCAGCAUUACAAAGGCGACCACAUUCCGCUCGUCGUAUCCCGCGAAACAGGCGAUAUAGUACCAGAGUCACACCAAGCCGAUCCGUUAGUACGGCCAGACAAGAUCGAGGCAACCCCCUUUGCAAAAUCAUGGGCGCACUUUGUUGCAGGAGGAAUCGGUGGUAUGACAGCCGCAGCCUUAACCGCCCCAUUAGACGUUCUCAAGACGCGACUCCAGUCCGACUUCUACCAAGCACAACUCCGAGCCUCGCGACAAUCGCACGUGGGAGUGCCCCUCAACCCGAUUCGCGCCGCCUGGUACCACUUUAGCGAGACCGGCCAGAUUCUGUCGGCUGUCUACCGGCAAGAAGGCCCCCGCGCCCUGUUCAAGGGCCUCGGCCCCAAUCUCGUCGGCGUCGUGCCCGCGCGCUCCAUCAACUUCUUCACCUACGGCAACGGCAAGCGGCUGAUCGCCAAGUACUUCAACAACGGGCAGGAAGGCACAUGGGUGCACCUCAGCGCGGGCGUGCUGGCGGGCAUCGUGACCAGCACCGCGACGAACCCGAUAUGGAUGGUCAAGACGCGGCUGCAGCUGGACAAGAACGUGGCGGCCGAGAGCGGAGGCGUGACGAGGCGGCAGUACCAGAACAGCUACGACUGCAUCCGGCAGAUCCUGCGCAACGAAGGGCUCCGAGGCCUGUACAAGGGCAUGAGCGCGAGCUACUUGGGCGUGGCCGAGUCGACGCUGCAGUGGGUGCUAUACGAGCGCAUGAAGACGGCACUGGCGUUGCGGGAGGAGAAGAUUGUGCAGAGCGGGCGCCAAAAGACUUGGUGGGACCACGCGGUCAACUGGACGGGCAAUGCGGGCGCUGCGGGCGGCGCGAAGCUUGUCGCGGCCGUCCUCACAUACCCCCAUGAGGUCGCCCGCACCCGUCUACGACAGGCACCCAUGGACGGCGGCAAGCCCAAAUAUACGGGCCUGAUCCAGUGCUUCAAGCUCGUCUUCAAGGAGGAGGGCAUGGCCGGUCUGUAUGGUGGUAUGACGCCGCAUAUGCUCCGGACGGUGCCCAGCGCCGCCAUCAUGUUCGGCAUGUACGAAGCCAUCCUCAGGCUUCUUGGUACCCCGUCAUGAAAAAAAACCCAACGAUUAUGCGGGAUCACAACAAUUCAAUCCCGGAUUGAGACGGCCGGACAGAUAUUACCGAACCAAGACAAAUAGGGAAACAGACCCCCCCUUUUAUCCUCUGUCCCACCCUUUAUACUCAUCCCCAACAUUUGGACAGAGAACGAACACGAGGUACAUCCAUCUCAACU